AUGAAUUCAUUCAUUAUAUUUAUAUUCUUUAUCAAAUGCCAUCUGAUUGUAGAUGCGGUUGAACUAAGAAUCGAGACAACAUAUCAAGCAGAAGACAAUAAUCUGGAAACUGAGGAACAUGCGCAAUGUAAAGCAUGGAAAUUGUGGGAACGAACGAGAAAUGAACAUAUCGAUUUAUCUCCUCAAGAUAUUGAUGUUCUAUCAAGUCGAAGAAGCGUUGUACAAAUUCUCAAUAUACGUGAUGCGGAAGCAUAUGACAUACCAGAAGAUCUUCUACAUCAGUACAAGCCGAUUAUUGUGAACUUUGAAGAGAUCUGCCGCUUCCAUGCAAGAAUUCUACGUAUAACUUCGCGUAAGGUAGCUGUACGCUAUCGAGUUGAUACGACCAGGUUAUGCUUUUCCGAAUCGAAUGAUACAAAUAUACUAGAGGAAGAAACGAAUGAUGACGUAAGUUGGCUGAAUGACACUAUAGCCAUGUUAGAGUAUCAACCUGAUAUGGAUCUCAAUCUGUUACGACUUCAUCAAUCCAUAGCUAUAUUCAGGAAGAGCAUUUGUACGAACAGUACAUUAGAUGAGCCACUUGAUAUUCAAUACUACAAAGAAAAAUAUGGAAAUUUCGGUUUUAACGUGUCUGUCAUCGGAGAGAAUGUAGAUAAGCUUAUUGAGAAAGUGCGAAAUACCGCAAGACUGGAUGAAGUGUUCAAGUUAUUUGAGGAAAUGUCGCUAUCUGAACAACGUCCAUUUCCUGCAACGCAACUAUUACCCUGGCUUAAACAUGUCAAAUACGAUUCAAGAACUCCACCUGUCAUAUUCCAAGGUGAUCAAGUUGUUGUCAAGAUUGGGCUGCACAUACAAUCUAUGAGCAACUUUGAGCUAUCAACUAUGGAUUAUAACGUUGAUGGAUGGAUUCGAAUGGCUUGGUUAGACCCACGAUUGUGCCAUUCAUUCAGUCGACCUGUAGUAAUCAAUGAAUACACUUUUCUGAAGAAAAUCUGGCGUCCUGAUCCUAUCUUCAAGAAUUCGAAAGCUGCAGCCUUUCAUAUGGUCAGCAAUCUGAACUUUUACAUGUUCAUCUUUCCGGAUGGAUUGGUUUUCCUUGACUUACGAGUUCACCUAAAGCCUACUGUUGGAGAAAUAGUCCUAUGUAAAUAUCCUCAUGAUAAGCCGGCUUGUUCUUUGAAAAUCAGUGCAUUGGGAUUCACUCAAGAUGCUGUUCGUUUCGAAUGGUUUUCUGAUCAUCAUCAUGCAAUCCGCUUAAACCAAGACGUGCAAAUUCCGGAGUUGGUCUUGAUGAAGUACACAGCUGAGUAUUGCGAUGGCCAUCGUAAAUCUGGGAACUACUCAUGUUUGGAAGCUAAGUUCUAUAUGCAGAGACAGAUUGGUUAUCACAUAGCACAAACUUAUAUUCCGACCGCUCUAUGUGUUCUUUUCUCAAUGAUUUCUGUGUGGCUACCAGAAGAGUUUGUUGAAGGAAGAAUUUUCGUGUCGUUGACUGUGUUCUUAACAUUGAGUGCUGAAAGCAAUUCUGCCAAAGAAGAUUUACCAAAGGUGUCAUACAUUAAGGCUAUUGAUAUCUGGUUUGGAUUUACAUCUUCCUUCGUGUUUCUAACGAUGAUUCAAGCUUUAACAGUCAUUACAUUAGAACAUUGGAGUCGAAAAUUGAGAAAGAAAUGUGAGAAGAAUGUCGAUGAGUUCAGUCGUUAUAAGAUAGCGAUGAUGAUGUUAAAUAGUCAUUAUUAUCAUAAAUUAGGACGUAAUUUGGAUACAUUUUGCAAAGUGAUGUAUCCUGUCUUCUUCCUGCUCUUUCUAAUGAUAUAUGGGUUUGUCAUCACACAAGGUGAUGAGGAUAAAUGCAUUCAGAACAAUUUAUAA